GUCUCGGAUGCGGGUCAGCGGGGUUUGUCUUAAUUCGCGUCUCCGCAGCAACACAACAACCGUGGCAACGGGACGCGAUCAGCUGACCUUGGGAUGCACGACCGGUCCGACGCGCCGUAUUGGGGACGAUGCCGGCGAUUGUCCCCUUUGGAUGAGCAGCUGGAAGACGGUCCUCGUCCCACCGGUCUGCGCGCGGGCCGCGCCGCGACGCAGCGGUUUCUCCGCUCCGGGCGGUUCUGGGGGGUCGCGGUCACCUUACGUUGGGUCCGCUCGAAGUCGCUCGUGACCCGGUCCAGGCUUCCUUCCCUGCGGCCAUCUCCCUCAACCCACCCGCGUCUCCCCCCCCCCCCCACGUCUCUCGUCCCUCGCUCUCCCCGGGGCUCGUGAAGACAGGAGGAGAACAACGCGACUUCUGGUCACCUCCUUCAAAAUAAAAUCCCUGUCGGCACCAAAACCGGGACCCAACCCGGUCUGCGUGGAGCAUCAGUGACGUCACGAGCACCCACAACAGGAAGAGGACAGGCGGCGAGGCUUCCGUAUUAUUAACGCACGUGCAGAUCCUCCUGGCCUUCCACAUGAUGGCGAGCAUCUUCACCGGGUCCACGCCGCCCCACCGCUGCCGGGAGAGCCCCGUCCGCGCGCCCGGGAACCAGUCCUCGUCCCCCGGCGCACUCGGCCUGAACUUCAGCCUCUCCGAGUCCUCCUGCUUCUCCUCUGACCGACGACUGCGGGGGAACCGGACUGAGCAAGCGGCAUGUGCCCACGGAUGGGUCUACAGCGAGGAGACCUUCCACAGCACCACGGUCACCGAGUGGGACCUGGUGUGUGACAAAGCUGCACUGAACAGUCUCGGUUCGUCCGUCUACAUGCUCGGCCUGUUGGUGGGGUCGGUGCUGUUCGGGGCCAUGGCCGACAGGUACGGCCGACGUUCCAUCCUGCUGCUUUCCAUCGCUCUUCAGACUGUGUUUGGAGUCACUGUGGCCUUCGCGCCCAACUUCCCCGUCUAUGUGGUCCUUCGCUUCUUAGUUGGCACCACGAUAUCAGGAGUCAUCAUCAAUGCCUUCGUACUAGGCACCGAGUGGACGUGCACCAAGAGGCGCAUGCUCGCCGGUAUCUUCACCGACUACGCGUUUGGUCUGGGCUACAUGCUGCUUGCAGGCAUAGCUUACUUGAUACGAGACUGGAGGAAGUUGCAAUUAGCCAUCUCAGCCCCCGGCUUCCUGCUGAUCUUCUAUAUAUGGGUGCUUCCUCAGUCUGCCCGAUGGCUGUUGGCCAACGACAGGAGGGAGGAAGCCAUCGAACUCCUCCGCAAGGCGGCUCUCGUUAACGGCCGCGUCUUACCUCCUGCCGCACAAGUUGAGAAGUGUCAGAUUUUAGCCGGAGGGAAACAAAGUUACUCGGCAGUGGAUCUCGUACGAACACCUCAGAUGAGGAAGAGAGCCGUCAUCCUCUUCUACAUCUGGUUUGUGAAUGUGCUGGUGUACUACGGCCUCUCCUUCGGCGUGUCCCGCCUGGGGACCAACCUCUACCUGACCCAGUUCGUGUUCGGCCUGGUCGAGAUCCCGGCUCGUUCCCUCGUCCUGCUCGUCUUGCCGUACAGUCGCAGACUCUCCCAGAGCGGAUUCCUGGCGGUCGGGGGGCUCGCCUGCCUGCUCAUGCUCGGCGUCCCCGCGGAUCGCCCCGGCGUCCUGACUGGUCUCGCUAUGGUCGGGAAGUUUGGAAUCACGGCUUCCUUUGCUGUCAUCUACGUGUACACCGCGGAGAUAUUCCCCACUGUGCUCCGGCAAACGGGAAUAGGUGUGUCCUGCAUGUUCGCCAGGGUGGGCGGCGUGUUGGCUCCGGCCAUAAACAUGCUCCACGGCCACAGCCCCGCGACCCCCCUGGUCAUCUUCGGUGCCUCGCCGCUGCUGGGGGCCGUCCUCGCCCUGGCGCUGCCCGAGACCGCCGGCAGACCUCUUCCUGACACGGUGGAGGACGCAGAGAACUGGGACACAAGUUUGCCCGUCAGCAAGGAGAACGCUGAGAUGUCUGAGGAUAUGAGCCAAUCGGCGAGCAGCGCGGAGGAGCAGCAGCAGCUACGACGUCGGGCCAGCCAGGCGGCGGUGUGAAAAUAAGACGCACGCGCGUCACUAUACACAAAUUACACAGCCCGACCGUAGUGCUGCAGCCAGGUGGAGCGCCGUUUACCCCAAAUAGAAAUGCCCUCCUAGAAAGCGACUUUAAGGUACAAAUGCUUGCCUGUAGUGCCCCUCAUGGGUAUAGUUUGUUUCCGUGGGAGUUGACUGGUCACCACAGGGGGCUGAUAAGGUUGCCGGUUGUAGAUUGGUAGAAAGAAACAAAACGUUUCACAACCAGGUUUGUGGAUCAUUAAUUAUUAUGGUAUUUUUGGUGCCAUCUAGUUCCUAACCCUGACCCUAGAGAGAAGAAAGACAACUGUACUGACCGUAUCUACAACAUUCAGCAACUCACACCCAAACAAUCUAGAUUAAUGAAUAGCUCCCAAUGUAUUGGGAUUUUGGACUGAACUUUGACGUCUGUCCUUUUAACGCAUGUCAAGUGCUCUGUGCGAGGAAGCCAAACGCUUUUCCCACGCCAAACUAACGGUGCCGCUGCACAAAGCAUCCAUUCAUACGUGCUGCAGAUCAACAGCUUACCGUUUCACCAGAUGCAGGUAAACUCGCGCUUAAGUCAGGAAUAGUCCGCUUUCAUAAUCUUACGCAUUUCUCAGAUGUUUACGUUUUUAUUCCAAUGUCAAAAUGGGGUUUGGUGUAUUUAACAAAGAAUAAUUAGGCGUUUCUUUAUAUUUUAACAAUCAUGAAUAGUAAUCAUUUUGGAUCAGCGUGUGUUAUGUAUUUGAUAUGUUCAUGCCGUGUUAAGACGAGCAACUGCCUUGUUUUCAAGGCAAAAAAAGCAGUGAGAUAUUGCAUAGAUAGCCUAAUGACGCAUUUUCUUAGAAUAGUGUGUUUGUAGUUUUUUUAAUGGAUUUUAUAGGAAUUGAGACCAUCAUGUAUAGAAAUACUUGAAUUUGAGAAAUACUCAAUUUGUUUGUAGAGGUUAGUUUGGUUUUUAACAUAUUGAAUUUUACUGUAGAAUUACUUUGACUUGAUCUGGGUUUAUACUUCUAUGUAAAAGGGUUGUCGUGAAUAUACAUUUGUAAUCUCUGAACAACUGGCAUGGAUCAGAAGCGCAGGUCAUGUACAGUAAUAUGCAAUGUUACUCAGGCAAAAGUCCUUUACUGAUAAAGCAAAGUUGUACAAGAUCAGUUUGCUUUCAAUGCAUUAAAUCCGACAUGUGUUCAAAUCAA